AUGCUCAAGGAGCUUGGUUUUUGGUGUUCUGAAAAGGAGGUGCUAAGCGAUGGACCUCUGGAUCAUAACCGCCUGAAUCCACUUUUACUCGUUGAUGACGUGUGGUUUGCAAAAUGUGAUCGCUCUUUCCUUGAAAUGAUCGAGUGGUACCUUACUCGUGUUUUUGUAGAAAGCCAUGAACUCGCUUAUAGUUUUUGUCGGUUUACAACCUGCUCGUUAGCACUGGAGCAACCUCGACUUAUGGGCGCGUGCACAAUGACUGAUGGGGUUUACUGCUGGCCAGAGGGAUAUUGGCAUUACGUGAGCUACCAUCAUGUAAAGCCACCGCAAGAAUUUUUAGAUCACCUUGUGGACAGAUACGACACGAUGCUUGAGAUGACGAGAAUAGCACGGGCAAAGAAAAAGCUGCUGCUCUGGGACGACCUUAAACAAAAAGCUGCUGACAUGCCACACGCCAUGCAAGAAUGGGUCAUAAGCUACACAACAAUUCGAAUCGACUCGUGA